AUGCUCAAUAGAGUUAGCGAUGUCUUGACACCGUGGACGGUCCCGCGCAUUCUCCAAAUUAUGGAGGCGACCUCGGCGUCUCGCAACACGGGCGGCGCCGCUUCUAGCGGCGGACUAUCCACGGAUGGUGCGGCGGAUAUGGAAAGUCUUCUGCGACUCGCGAGCCAGCUGCCGGACGUUGCGGGACGUGUAAUGGCCGCACCACUGUUUGCGCAACGACCGCUGGUGGAGUCGUAUAAUAGCUCAGUAUCUCUCACCACAGCGACACCUGGGGUGCCAUCCGAUGGGGUGUCAUUGACAUCCAUAACAUAUGAGGAUGCACGGUAUAUGUGUACCACCGCGUUAGCAGUGCGCCGGUGCGCGUGGAGGGCGGAGUCAUCGAACGACGAUGAGCCAUCGACGGCCAAUGUGAAGGCUUGUCGCUCGCUUCCCCACACCGAGCCUCAAAUAGCAGCGGCUGAGCUGGAGGAGGUGGGGUUUGCCGCGGAGUUCUCGGAGCCUUGCAUUUGCGGUUCCUUCCCGGACGCCGCCGCGGCGCUACGUCACGUUCUUCCCGGGGCUGACGCUGGGGUCUCAUCGGAGAGUGGUGGGGCUCCUGUCCAGAGUGCGAGCAGGCGUGGUGCACCCGACUUAUUUCAAGGCACUCUACGCUCCAUUUUGAGACCACCUUCUGUGCCGCGCGCACCCCCUCUGGUGAAGACCGCAUCCUCUCCGAGUUCUAUUCACGGUGGCGCUUCAACUACCUCACACCGCCUACAUCUUGUUCAACCGUCGCCCUCAGCGGCAUCGGCAAAGCUGCAGUCGCUCGUGCUAGAUACUACUCCACCUCCGUCGCUACUGCCAAUUGAGGUCCGCGGCCCUCCGGGUCACCGAGUGUUUGACGGGGGCUGUGUUGCGUACAGCUUCUCUGCGAAUGAGAAGGAGGAGUUGCUGGACUCCUUGUGCGCCGAGCCACCUCCGCUCCGAGUGUUCAGCAGGGUUGAAGUGGAGGCCCGCUGUCGGCCGGGAGGUCUAAACUAUGAUCAGGCUUCCGCACCACUGUCUGCUGCGGCAGGGCCAGCCACCGCAACCACCGGGCAUGUUUCUCGCGACGGUCUCCCACCAUCCACCGACCGAGGGGCACCUGGUAGUCGGGUCGACAAUGACGACGGCUGGAGCACCUCUACUGGGUGGAGCAGUCGUAGCAGCAGCGAGCCUCGCAGAACCACAGACAAUGACAAGGCAAAGGAGAAGGCAUCAAAGAGCAUGAAAAGGUUUGAUACGGUCAACGAUGAGACGAGACCAGAGAGCCGCGCGGUCGCCCCUGACAUGAAUAGGCCCACUUCUGAGGUCGCACCGGCGACUCAUCCGCCCGGUACUGCCAGCACUACUCGCACGUGGGUCAACGACGACGACGACCUAGUUCUCGAGAACGGCCACAUCACCAUACGGAAGAAGAAGAUGCGGCCUGUCAGGGAUCUAUCAGCUACGCGUCCCUUGCCGACGGUUGUGAGUGGUUCUCUCGUGAAUCCGUCACUGAUGACCACUGUGGUGAGUGCGGCCUCUGCCGACCAGCGGCACUUCACUUCCUCCGCAACCCAUGGCGCUGACUAUGAGGUCGCGACGGGUGACGACACUGCAGAGGACAGUGCACCGCACGGAAAGACGCGCGUCGCCGGCGCGAAGCGCAGCCGCGACUCUACGGCGGCUUCCGCUCCAGCAGACAACCAAGCCACCGUCAGGCCGCCCGAGCCACCCCAAAAGAUGAAGAGCGCAGGGGUGGCAACAGAGCUGAAGUGCAGCACCGCUCCGGCAGCAACCUCGGACGAGGUUUCGAUGGCGUCGCUACCCAUCAACACGAAGAGCGUGGUGCGCUUGUCACAGGAAGAGGUGCUGGAGUUUAUUGAGAGCUUGCGCGUGUCUGAAACACUUCGACGUGCCUUGUUAGUAGGCGUGGCAGCAACAUCAGUAGCUGAAGGGGCGCCAGUGAACAGCCCAGGUACGGUGAGCGAGGUGCAGAGCGAGAAGGAUGAGAGCCUUGAGGAGCAUUAG